GCUGCCGCUGCCGGGGCCACCGCCGCCGCAGCUGUCGCCGCCUGGGUGCCGCGAGGCGAGCGGAGGCCGCCGCAGAGCGCGAGCGCUGCCCGCCCCGCCGGCCGCUCUCCAGGGCCGGGCCGGCUCGGCCGGCGCCCCCCGAGCCCCCAGCCCGCCCCGCUCGCCCGCCCCCGCGGGCCCGGCCUGGCGCGGCCGCCCGCCGCCGCGCUCCUCCUCCUCCUCCGGCGCCCCGCGGCCCGCCGCCUCCUUCGCCCGCCGCCCCGCGCCCCCGGCCGCGCCGCCGCCGCCGCCCUCUGCGCCCUGCGGCGCCCCCCGGUCCCGCCCGCCAUGCCCGGCCCGGCCGCGGUCAGCAGGGCCCGGGUCUACUCCGAGGUGAACAGCCUGAGCCGCCGAGAGUACUGGGACUACGAGGCUCACGUCCCGAGCUGGGGUAAUCAAGAUGAUUACCAACUGGUUCGAAAACUUGGUCGAGGAAAAUAUAGUGAAGUGUUUGAGGCCAUUAACAUCACCAACAAUGAACGAGUGGUUGUAAAAAUUCUCAAGCCAGUGAAGAAAAAGAAGAUAAAACGAGAGGUUAAGAUUCUGGAGAAUCUUCGUGGUGGAACAAAUAUCAUUAAGCUGAUUGACACUGUAAAGGACCCUGUGUCAAAGACACCAGCUUUGGUAUUUGAAUAUAUCAAUAAUACAGACUUUAAGCAACUCUACCAGAUCCUCACAGACUUUGAUAUCCGGUUUUAUAUGUAUGAACUACUUAAAGCUCUGGAUUACUGCCACAGCAAGGGAAUCAUGCACAGGGAUGUGAAACCUCACAAUGUCAUGAUAGAUCACCAACAACAAAAGCUUCGGCUGAUAGACUGGGGCCUGGCUGAAUUCUAUCAUCCUGCUCAGGAGUAUAACGUUCGCGUAGCCUCGAGGUAUUUCAAGGGUCCAGAGCUCCUUGUGGACUAUCAGAUGUACGAUUACAGCUUGGACAUGUGGAGUUUAGGCUGCAUGCUGGCGAGCAUGAUCUUCCGAAAGGAACCUUUCUUCCAUGGCCAAGACAACUAUGACCAGCUUGUUCGCAUUGCCAAAGUGCUGGGCACGGAUGAGCUGUAUGGAUAUCUGAAGAAGUAUCAUAUAGACCUAGAUCCACACUUCAACGAUAUCUUGGGACAACAUUCACGGAAACGCUGGGAGAACUUUAUCCAUAGUGAAAACAGACACCUUGUCAGCCCUGAGGCCCUAGAUCUUCUGGACAAGCUCCUGCGAUACGACCAUCAACAGAGACUGACUGCCAAAGAGGCCAUGGAGCACCCGUACUUCUACCCCGUGGUGAAGGAGCAGUCCCAGCCUUGUGGAGAUAAUGCUGUGCUCUCCAGUGGCCUCACGGCAGCACGAUGAAAACGGGAGAGCGACGGGUAAUGCGGCAUUGAUGCUUGCCAAUAAAACCAACCACACCCAAAUCUUGAAGGAAAACUACAGUGUGAUAAAAAGAAAUUCCAAUCAUUCCUUCUAAAUGCAAAGAAGAGUAAAGACCUAAAAGUCUGUCAAAAAGAAAGCAACUCCCCAGUACUAGUGGACAGGGAGCUGCUGUUGCGAUCUGGCCCUGCUCGUAGUUCAGGAUCUGAGGGCAUUCUCCCUUUGGAAUGCAUGGGAGAUGAGAAACUCGGAGUUGUUGUACGUUUCCCUUUAUUUCACAGGACUGCACUGUGGAGUUAACCUGUGCAAUCAACAAGCUCUGAAUAUCUGACUUCCUAUCUAUUCCAUUGUGGUCUGGGUUUCUUUUGAUGAGAAUUCAGGCUCAAGUUUUAGCAAAUGUCAGCAGUCUGUACUGACACACCAGCCUCAUAUCCAAGAAAGAGAUUAAAAACAGUGACAGUAUUUUUUUUAAACUUUUACAAAUUCAUGGAUUUUUUUGUUUGUUUGGUUUGGUUUGGCCUUUUUUUUUUUUUUUUUAAAGACAUGAGCUCUCCAGAAAAUGCCCUUCAGCCCUGCAGAUUUCCUCUUAAGUGUGCUGCUCAUUUGGAAGCAAACCACACCUGCUUUCACAAGAGUCCUCUUUGACUUCGAAGAGGCAUCACUUUACGUCUGGUGCCGUGAACAGGCCCCUGGGUCUCAAAAGUUCCAUGCUAAGUGCGUCACUUGGAUAGAACCUUUGUGGAUUUGCAUAACCAUAAAAUCUUUGUUGCUAAUUUUUUUUGCUGUUGUUGUUUGGCUUUUUGUUCUCGCAGUCUUGAAGGAAAGCCUCACCCUUCUCAGCAUACCCCUGUGUAUGCCUGUUUUAAUGCAUCUCUGAAACAAAGACCUGUUUUUGUUCACAACCAUAACCAAAACUGGAAAGUCAGUUUUCAGACAAGUAGGUGAAGGAAAAAAAUAACCUGUUAGAAUUUUUCAGGAAGGACUUAAUUGGAGGGAAGGGGUGAAAUGUACUGCCAAACCCCACUCCUGUUUCCUUCUUUUUAUCCCCCUGACAGGCGGUUUCUGGCUGUAAUGGGGUGAUGUGCAUUUUUCAGCUCUGCUGUGUGAAACAUGGGUGUGAUGGCAAGAAGCAGUCUGUCUUGCAUGCAGGAACUGGCAUUGGUGGACAAAGUCAUUCUUUAUUCAAGGGCCCAGGAGGAGGGGAGUGCACACGGGGGGGUGGGGAAGGAAGUGGUGCUCCUGGACCAAGUGCUCCGGAGUUGGAUCCCUGUGCUAACCCACCUUCACAGUAACAAAGAAAGAAGAUUUUGUUUCAAAAAGAAAUAGUGCUGAUACUGUUUUGAAACUUAGCAUCAACAUGGCUUGCCAUCAUCAGUCCCCUCACCCCCAGGGUGGAGCCGUGUUAGCUCUGGGGACUUAAACACGUAGGCUAGAGCUCAUGCCAGAGAUGUUCCCACACAUCACACUCUAGGAUUUCUUCAUUAACUAUUUAAUAGUGCCAGACAUUUUUAUGAAGUUAGACUGUUUGUUUAAAGCAUCUGUUUACAUUCCAUAUUCCAAUAAAAUCAUAUUGGUAGUAGGUCCUAUUUCUAAAUGUAGAUUCUAUUUUUGUUGUUCGGUCUAUGGGAACUUGAAAUAUAAACAAAACUCUUCUUAGUAUAGAGUUGUUUACGGAUUAAAAAAUUUUUAAACACCCCCCAAAGCCAAGAAAUAGUCAAGGUUCUCUCCCCAGUGCUGCCAGAUGUGCUGCUGUGCACAGUCUAUAUAAUGAUGUCAAUACUUGUUCUACCUGCAAAUCAAAAAUACAGUGUGAGCUCUCGGCCAAACCUUUGCUCUGUCAGGCAGCCUUCUGAGCACCUGGGGGAAGCUGAAGCCUUCACAUGUGCCUGUACAGGCAUUCCAGCCACUGCUCGCUGUCAGGGUUAUACACCGGGUGUUGUUCCUGCUCCCCUCCUGCCUGUCUCCUUUGUUACUUGCUCCCCUCCUGCCUUUUUAUUUCCAAAUUACCUGGACCAUGCAGGAACCUACUGGGAGAUCUUAGGAAGCAGUAACCAUGAUUCCCUCAGUUCCGCCCCACCCUCGGGUGCCCAGAAGCAGUAAACGUGUCUGGAAAAACAAAAUGAUUUCCUCCUCCCUCUCCUUGGGCCGUGACAUUUUAGGUGCAGACCCUGCCGUCCUGUGUGUCUUUGGGUUCUGAAACUGCAGCUGUGACACACAGGAGUAGUUCUUCCUUUUUGAGCAGUUUGUUUUUCUAGCACCUCUUCAUUUUACCUCUCAUCAUGCCUUAGACUCAGAGUAUAACUGGGUGUGAAACACCCCUUUUCUGUCUGCUCUUGACAACAAGGCCGUUCUUCCUCUAAAUGUAGGGAGCCUACUCCAACCUCUCCCUUUCACCUAUUUUCAAAACCAUUUUGUGUUCAGCUGGACCUGAGGCCCCUGAGAUUUGAGGGAUUUACCUGAGUUAGAAGGUAGUCUUUAAAACUUCCAAAAGAUGUGUGCAAGGGAUGGGUUUGGAUGAUAGUUGUGUGUGUGUGAGUGUAAGCUUGAUCUUACAUUUAGAUUAAACUGUGGUAAAAUUAUUCAUCCAGUAUCCAGUUCAGUUUGCAUAUUCUCAAACUCAUCUCAGUAAGUUUUGUUUGCUUCAUUACCUUAUAACAGGUUAAAAGUGCCUAUGAUAAGGACUCAAUUAUUUCCUAAGGAAAAGCAAAAAAAAACAAAAAAACAAAAAAAACAAAAACAUGGGGAACAGGGUAGUGUUACACUAUCAUCUCAGGUACUGCCUACGUUCAAGGACAUAACCCUGGCAGAGUCAGAGCCAAGGGUCCCUGUGCCUGAUGCAGGUGGAAGAGUGCCAUUUUGGUGGUCACAGAGGAUUUACUUCAGCUGAGAAAUCUCACAGAGUAUAACUGUGCUCUGCUCAGCGAUAUGUACACCUGUGGCAAUACCCUUGCCCCUGUCCCCCAUCUCUGUUAGGUGGCCGAGUAGGGAGAUACUGUUCAGUGCAGAAACAGGCCACAUAUUCCUGUGUCUGUACCACUUAGAGAAGCGCCACUGCUGGCUUGGUGAACCUCUGACUUACCAGCCACGUAGCUGAGUCUCCUAAUGCAUCAUCUGACAAUGCCUUCUCCAGCAGACAGGGAGAUACAGUCCUACUGGUUCGCUAGUGGAGAGUGGCAUAAUCCUUGGGUGUUUGGAGAGAUUGACCAGAGGAGGGGCUAUAGUUAAAGGAACCAAUAAGAAAAAUAACCUGAUGGUAAAUCUUAAGGUUGUCAAAUUAGAGGGCAGUGCGUGUUCUGGAACACCCUGCCCUGUAGAGUGGUUCCAGUGGGACUGAAAGGUACUGAGUCUCAGAGAGGGAGCUGGGUGCUAGGGAUCUGUGUUACUCAGGGAAAUGACUUAGGUUCUCCCAGGUGCUGCAUUGAUGAGGAGAGAAGCGAAACUAUUUGGGGACCCAAGCAACAAUUUCAAGAGUUUUUUGUGCUGGCAUUGAUGUAACUCUUAAGAGAGCCCAGUUAACAGUUUCCUUUAAUGCCCAGUCAGAUUAAAUGAUUUGUUUAGGAACUUGUGUUACUUCGUGGGCAUCCACAGGGAAAGGCAAACUUCCCUACUACCAAUGAAGAGAGGAUGAUAAUUGACAGUUCCCAUCACUUAAACCGAAACUGUUCCAGCAACAAGAGCAGGGGCCAAAUGAGCACACAUGAAGCCAAAGUUUGCCAAGAGCCUCAUGAAUUAAAACUGGGCAUGUCCUGCCUUUGCAAAUUCACUCCCAGAAUGGGAUUGGGAGGAGGGCAGGUGGCAGGGAGACAUCUGUGUGAGAGAACCAUUAGCGUGCUUUUGAGCUGUGUGGAUAUGCUAACAAACACGCUCCCCGCCCCCCCCAACCAGGUGUCACAGAGGCUGGUGGGGAAGGUGUGAUGGAAUGUACAGGUGAUGUGUACAUCUGUGUCGAGACUCAACAAUGUGCUACAAAUGUGAUACUUAACCCUGAACUGCAUGUAUUGGGGAUUGUUUUUAAAAACAACAAUACAACUUGGAGUCAAUAAAUUAACAGUUUUUUACUUGCUGGCUCUUGUUGCUGUAAAUGAUAACUAAGUUUGGGGCAGAGAUCUUGACAUCCAGUGGAAAGUUUGGAUAAUCUUCAAGAACUGUGGAGCCCUCUGUUGGCAGAAAAACGACAACACAUGGGCUGUGAUCCUUGACAAGUGACUCCUUCAGACCCAGUUGGUCACCCCUUUGUAUCCCUGGAGAACUGAUGUGUGACUGAUGUGCUGCUGCCCUGAGAGGGAAGAAAGAUGCCAUGUCAAAGCCUGUUUUCAUAAAUAAAGAUGUUGACA